AUGAAGCUUAAAUACAUUCCGUUCGCAGUCUGGCCAUUUUUGGUUGUAAUAUCGUCGCUCUACAAUGCAAAUGCUCUUUUCAAAUUUACAAAUGUCAAGUGCAAGAGUUACAACCAGUCUUUUUGCGAGUUUAAGCGUUGUGAACUGAAGAUCGUGGAUCGCGGAGUUGUGGGACUCUUUUUACAUGUCAAAGCAAAUCAGCUGCCCAUCAACAGUGUUACGUGCGCUCUUUCCUUUUUCCGAAGGUUCAGCGGCUAUAGGCCAUUUCUCUACAAUAUAACCUUUGAUGUUUGCAACUUCCUCAAAAACCGAAAACGUUAUCCCUUCGCCGAUUUAGUAUAUGAUGGUAUUCGAAACUUCAGCAACGUAAAUCACAGUUGUCCCUUUAAUCACGAUAUAAUCGUUAACCGAAUGGUUCUGGAUGACAACAUGAUAGUCAAGGCUCCCGUGCCAAAUGGUUUCUACAAACUGCAAUUUAUCGUCAGGGCAGAUGGCGAUUGGCGGGGAGAAGUUGAAGUCCACGCUGAGGUCAAUUGGGGAUAUGGCAACUGA